AUGGCUUCAUCAGCCACCGAUUCGGAAUACGUGACGUUAGUCUCGGGUGAUGGAUUUGAAUUUGUCCUUCCGCGUAGCGCGGCCUGUGUCUCUGGGACAAUACGUCGGAUGCUGGAACCUUCAAGUAAAUUCGCCGAGGCCUUGACAGGUCGCUGCACAUUGGAGAACAUCAGCGGAAUCGUCCUCGAGAAAGUCUGCGAGUAUUUUUGCUAUAACGAGAAGAAUAAGAACCAGGCAAAUGUUCCAGAUAUGGAAAUUCCGGCCGAGUUGUGUCUGGAGCUGUUGAUGGCGGCGGAUUAUCUGGAUACGUGA